AUGGUCCCACCAGAAUCUCGUGCAAUGUCCGUCUCAGUCUUGUUCGACAGUGACGAACUCUCUGAUUUGAAAGUAUUAGGGUUAAAAUGGGACCCAUCUGCUGACACUUUUUCCUUUAAAGCUCAGCCAUCGAUGACUCAACCGACAAAACGAUCUGUUCUGUCCGACAUUGCUCGUGUCUUUGAUCCGUUAGGACUGUUGUCACCCAUGACCUUUUUCACAAAACACGUCAUGCAACAGCUGUGGACCUCCGGUAUCAACUGGGAUGACCCAGUUCCCUCUGACAUUGCCUCCCUAUGGGCCCGAUAUCAGUCUGAACUGCAGCUAAUUGAAACCAUUAGUAUUCCUCGUCGUAUUACCUAUGAUCAUGCUAUUUCUGUACAACUCCAUGCCUUUUCUGAUAGCUCUGAAAAAGGUUAUGCCGCGGCAGUAUAUCUCCGUGUAGAGACAGUCACGUCAGUGUAUUGUCAUCUCAUAACAGGAAAGUCAAAAGUAGCCCCUCUCAAGCGGUCCACAAUUCCCCGUCUGGAACUGUGUGGUGCCGUAUUGGCUUCGAAACUCCUCCGAUUGGUUGCUGACUCCUACACUAAUCGCAUAACUAUUGACGAACUCCACGCCUGGACUGAUUCCACCACAGCUCUCGUUUGGAUUAGGUCUUCCCCUCAUCGAUGGGCCACAUUCAUCGCGAAUCGAACCAGUCUGAUCCACGAUUUAACCACACCUGCAAUUUGGCGCCAUGUUCCCACGAAGGAGAAUCCAGUCGAUUGCGCAUCGCGCGGAUUGUUUCCUUCCGAGCUCCUCAACCACUCACUGUGGUGGACUGGUCCAUCAUUUUUACUGAGUCCUCCAGACAAAUGGCCAAAAUUACUGUUAACCAAACUUGAAGAUUUCACUGGGCCCCCCUCAAGGGAAGCUCGAGUACCUACUGUGCUCACCGUCACUGUAGACAUUCCGAUAAUCAAUUUGUUAAAUCGCAUGUCAUCUCUGCAGAAGAUCCUUCGCGUAAUCGCUUACUGUUUUCGAUUUUCCAAGCCCCGUUCUGACGCUCCAAUUAGCAACAUUAUAAAUGCGACAGAGAUCACUCGUGCUCUCUCUGCCUUGGUCUACUUAGUCCAACGUCAAACGUUUGCCGUCGAAAUUGCAGCUCUGUCAAACGGUCUUCCCUGCUCAAAAUCUCUCCGACGUUUAGACCUGUUUAUUGACCCAGUUGGUGUUCUCAGAGUGGGCGGUCGGCUUCGCAACGCAGAAAUUCCAUACGUUCACAAGCAUCCUGCUUUGUUGCCGUCCCGUCAUCGUUUAACUGAUCUAAUAAUUGAUCACAACCAUUGUGCAUUAAGCCAUCCAGGAGCCAUGACCCUCCAAUCACAUUUACAGCGUGAGUUUUGGAUACUGUCAGGGAGGCAGGCUAUUAGGUCCCGGCUGCGAUUAUGUCUUCCAUGCUUUCGCACUAGACCUCAAACGGUUCAACCAAAAAUGGCUGCUCUUCCUAAAUACAGAGUACAACAGAUAAAACCAUUUGCUAUCUCAGGCGUUGAUUAUGCUGGCCCGAUAUCUAUCAAAGGAUCCCGUGGUCGCGCAUCAUCCAGGAGCUCUGCCUACAUUUGUUUAUUCGUCUGUACCGUAACCAAGGCAUUGCACAUCGAGCUCAGUUCUGACCUGUCAACGGAAACUUUCCUCCUAGCGUUCACUCGUUUUGCUGCUCGUCGUGGACCGAUCAAAGAGAUCCAUAGUGAUUGUGGUACUAAUUUCGUUGGUGCCGCGAAUAUUUUAAACCCGCUACAUAACUUCAUCGCAUCAGAAACCUAUCAACACAGUGUACGAAAUCAUUUGUCCAAGGACCAAAUUACUUGGUUUUUCAAUCCUCCGUCUUCUCCUCACUUUGGAGGACUCUGGGAAGCUGGAGUAAAGUCGACUAAGUCGUUAAUUUUUCGAUCCAUUGGAACCCAUAGACUCACAAGUGAAGAACUAAUCACUUUGUUGACAAAAAUUGAAGCCACUCUAAAUUCACGGCCUUUGUGUGCCCUUAGCAAUGAUCCCAAAGAUUUAGAAGCUUUGACGCCAAGCCAUUUUUUAACGCUGGUCCCAUCGACAUCUCUUCCGGACCCUUGUUUGGAAAACGUACCACUCUCAAAAAUGCAGCGUUGGCGCUUAGUUACUGAUCUCCACCGGUACUUCUGGACCAGAUGGAAAAAUGAAUAUUUGUCUACUCUCCAGCUGCGAACAAAAUGGUCUGAUGAUGGAAAGCAGUUGAAUGUUGGAGACCUUGUCCUAAUAAAGGAACCCUCGCAUCCGCUGUAUUGGCGAUACGGACGUAUCACGGACCUCCACCCUGGUGCAGACGGGGUGUCACGCGUUGCUACUGUCCACACGUCGUCUGGAGUUCUAACUCGGCCAGCUGUCAAGUUGUGUCCAGUGCCUUCUUGUUGA